AUGACUGGCGAGAAAGGGAGCGAGUCCAACACAUACUUUCACGCGCACCGUUUCUUUCUCAAACGGGAGCUUCAGGGCAUUAAAGAGCCCAAGAAGAAGCCAGCUAGCAAGCAGGCGAAACUGGACACCGAGAAGAAAUACGAUGUCAGCGGGAUUCACCUUCCCGGGGAAGAGGAAGGCAAGGUACAGGUCUAUGAUACAUGCGACGAGGUCCGAAAGAAGAUCUAUGCUCAUCUGCGGGAUCCGAACGUCACUAAAGCCGGCUUUCUCAGGGAGAUUGUGAAGAGUUACACGCCAGAACAAGCGGUCAAGUUUCAAGGCAACUCUUUGACCCGGUUUCUGGAUAUGUCUGGUGCCAAUGCGGGCAACACGAAUGCUGUUUUCUACCCUGCAUAUGUUUUCUUUGAGAAGUUACGUAUCUGUGAUGGUCAGCCCAAGAACAAGUUUCGCGAAGAGAUGGAAAAGAUCUGGCGCUCUCAUGGCGGAUUCGCAUGGAUUAAGCAACCAAAAUCCAGCGGUGUUCGAUUGAUCUUGGUCAUAGCUUACACUGUCCGAACGAAUAUGUAG